CAUAUAUAUGCGUCUCGUCCACCUUCUGACAUUUUUCAAUGACAGGUUGCACACAUUUUGUAACAUUUCUUUGAUAUCAAAAGUGGUCAAAUCAAAAGGUGACUGCUAUGCACAGAGCUGCAAAUACAGCUGUAUAUGCCUGGUCUAAUAUCGUCGGCCCAGUCAUGAUUCGACAGUGUUUAAAAUGCAGAGUGCCCCCGCAGAUGAGCGCACGUGCGUACAGUGUGGUCCCGACACCACACGACAGUGAGGAGAAAGAGAUGUUGCACCGGAUCCUGCGCGUGGAUCACGCUGGUGAAUACGGGGCCAACCGCAUCUAUGCCGGCCAGAUGGCAGUGUUGGGUCGGUCAAGUACAGGACCUCUCAUCCAGGAAAUGUGGGAUCAAGAAAAGGUACAUCUUGCAAAAUUCAAUGAGAUUCUGGCAGAGAGCAGAGUCCGCCCCACAGCGCUGUUACCCCUCUGGAACCUCGCUGGCUUUGUAUUAGGUGCAUCCAGUGCACUGCUGGGAAAAGAGGGCGCCAUGGCCUGCACUGUGGCGGUGGAGGAGAGUAUUUCAGAGCACUACAACAGCCAGAUAAGAGCUCUGAUGGAGAAGGACCCCGACAGAUACACUGAACUUUUACAAAUAAUAAAGGAAUUCAGAGAUGAUGAGAUUGAGCAUCAUGACACAGGAUUGGAGCAUGAUGCUGAAUCAGUUCCUGGAUACUGGCUACUAAAAAAUGCGAUUCAGCUUGGCUGCAAAGCUGCAAUAUAUGCUUCUCAGCGAAUCUAACAUUGUGUUUGGGUUAACACAUUUUUGGGACAAUAUUUGAUAUGUUGACUCGAUCGAGGCAGUUUUAAUACUGCACCGAUUUUUUGUCGUAUUGCAAGAUAAAAAAAUCAGCUACAAACAUUCAAAGCAACCUAGAUAAACCAUAAUAUAUCUAAUAAUGUUUACAAUGUAAAAACAUGGACAGGUGAAUUAAUUGGAGGUAGGGCUGACACCUUCUGGUCUGUGGGCCAAUAAUUCAGACUAAAUUGUCAUUGGUUGGUACAGUCGCUGGUGUUGCUUUCAUAAGUAGAAAGGUGACUCAUAACAUUAUUUUUUGGGUGCAGGAUUGUGUGUGUGUGUGUGUGUGUGUGUGUGUGUGUUUGGGUGUAAAUGUGUGUGAGUGAAAGACAAAAAAGAAACAUAACUCAUGUCUUUGAAGAACGAGUAAUUGUUUUGGUGCUAUUACAAAACGUUACGAUAUCCAAUAAAGAACACCAUUUGUAAA